AUGAGAAGAAUUAUUUACAGAUUACUUUGCCCACAGAUGCUUUCUCUGUAUGGCCUGAAAGCAAAGGGAAAUGUGUCUUUCAAAUUCUAUGAAAAGAAAGUUCAGAAAGUUCCAGGAGACUUGGGUAAUCAGCUGGAAGCAAAGUUAGAUAAGCCGUCCGUAGUGCACUAUCUCUGCUCUAAGAGGACAGACAGUUAUUUUACGCUCUGGCUGAAUUUGGAAUUGCUUCUGCCUGUCAUCAUUGACUGCUGGAUUGAUAAUAUCAGGCUUGUAUAUAAUCGAACAAGUAAGAUUACAGAACCACCAGAUGGUGUGGAUAUCAGAGUCCCAGGUUUUGGGCAGACGUUUUCCUUGGAAUUCCUUGACCCAAGUAAAAGGAGCGUUGGCAGUUACUUUUAUAUGCUGGUGCAGAGUUUAGUAGAUUGGGGCUACAAACGUGAUGAAGAUGUAAGAGGAGCACCUUAUGACUGGCGAAAGGCACCAAAUGAGAAUGGAGACUAUUUUGUGGCCCUUCGCAAGAUGAUAGAGUUGAUGUAUGAGCAGUAUGGAAGUCCUGUUGUCUUAAUUGCCCACAGUAUGGGUAAUAUGUACACCCUCUACUUCCUCAACCAUCAGACUCAGGAUUGGAAAGACAAGUACAUAAAGGAUUAUGUGUCAUUAGGCGCUCCAUGGGGAGGAGUGGCUAAAACUCUCCGUGUGCUGGCUUCAGGUGACAACAAUAGAAUACCCGUUAUCAGCUCACUCAAGAUUAGGGACCAGCAGAGAUCAGCUGUUUCCACAAAUUGGAUGCUCCCCUACAACUACACAUGGCCUCCAGAUAAGGUCUUUGUAAGCACACCUACAGCUAACUACACUCUUCGGGAUUACCAAAAAUUCUACAGGGACAUCAAUUUUGAAGAUGGCUGGCUCAUGAGACAAGAAACUGAACCCCUAGUCUACCAGAUGACACCACCUGGUGUGCGCAUACACUGUCUUUAUGGUACUGGUGUGGCAACACCCGAUUCCUUCCAUUAUGAAAGUUUUCCUGACAAAGAACCCAAGAUUCUUUUCAGUGAUGGGGAUGGUACAGUAAACUUGCAGAGUGCCUUGCAAUGUCAAAAGUGGGUGGACAUGCAAAAACAGGAAGUGGUGAUAUUUGAGCUUUCAGGAAAUGAGCACAUUCAAAUGCUAUCCAAUGAUACUACUAUCUCCUAUGUGAAAAAGCUGCUUUUUGAUUUGUGAUACCUUGUGUUGACAGUUAUUUUCCUCACCUGUGAUGCCUUUCCUUAAAUAUGGGAAAAUGCCUUUUAAUCCCUUGAUAUUUAGAUAUUUGAAUUAUUUAUUUUGUGGGGUUUUUAAGGCUGUGUUCAAGAAGUUGUUUGUCCUAAAUGAUCAUUUGUCUCUGAUUUGUGUUUAUGAUGCUUCGCAGUAUUUUCACAUUCUGCAAAUUUGGUCAAAUAUGCAUUUUGGUGCCUCUGGUGUUGUGUCCAAUAUUCACACAGACUUCUGUCUGGAGAUUGUACAGCCCCUUGGCACAUAGUACAUAGUCAUAGAUACCUGAGUUCCUUUGUCUUUGCAGGGUUUAGAGUGGGAGGGCUAGGAAGGAUUGCAAUUUCAGAUGCCCAUAAAACAAGGGCAUGAUAUUAAUUUGGGAAGCACAGUAAACUAUUUAAAGGGUCUUGCAUAGUCUGAUCCACAGUUUCCAGUACCUUAGUUCAAAAAUGUGCAUAUCUACUAGGGAUAGAUAGGGAAGAGGUCUGCCUGCUACCUUUGUCAUAAGCCAGCCUGUCUUUUAUUACAGCUUUUGGGGAAAACGAUAGAUGUGUGAAUUACUUGAAGCUUCUUGUUAUGUACCUCUUUGUGGGUGGUUUUGUUAAGAAAUUGUUUGCUCAUCAACUUCUAGAACCUGAUUACAUAUAAUCUGGAGUCUGAGGAAUUUUCACCUUAUGCUUUAUUUAUCAAUGAGGGAAAGAAGCUAAACAGUGGUUGGUGCUCACAAUAACUAGCUGUGUGGAGUAGCACAUAAAUUAAAAAAAUUAAAGCUAAUUGAAUUGAAUAUUGGCAAACAAUCCAUACAGUGCAGAGUUGAUUUCUGGGAGAAAAAAGAUCUCCUGUAGUGGAAAUGGUAAUGGAUGGUGGGCAUUUAUUCAAAAAGAGUGAAUUUCCUGAAACGGGGUGAGGAAUGGAAGCCAGCGUAAUACAGUAUGAAGUAGAAACCUUGUUCUCAGUCAAAUACUUAAGCUCUGAUCCAGUUACUGACCAAGCAGACAUUGGAUAGACAUUGUCUUCAGCUGAAAAGAAACUUUACAUUUUAAGACUAAAAUUAAUUUCAGUUGGAAGUUUCACUAUUGCUGUUUCAAGAAGUUGGGAUACACUGUUCCUCAAAUGUUUCUGUAAAUUGCCGAAUAUGUUAACUUCAUACAGUAUUGUUUUACUCAAUGUUUAAAAAAAUUCAACUCUGAACUCCACAGUCAUGAUAGCCUAAAGGCUGUCACAUUACAACCUUGAUUACAGAAGUCUUGUUGGAGAAAUAGUUUCACUCAGAUUCUCUCUUGCUUGUUUUAAAACCACUCACACAGUUAGACUGCACUUAGUUUUCUGAAAACACAAUUUUGAAUGCUUUCAAAAUGCUAGGUCCUCCAAGAAGAAUGUUUUAAAGAGUUUCAGAAAUUAAUCAGAACUAUUGAGGAUUCAUUACUUAAGAAACUGAAGUUCUCUAAAGAGGAAAAGCUUUUAACUAUUUUGGUAGCAUGCAUAAAAUGCUUGGUGCCAUUAAAUGUAUGAGUAAGAUGUGUUGAAAUGACAGGCUUGAACUUGUUACUGUAGAACGCAAACAUUUUGGCACAGGAUAUAGGUUUAAGGCUUUAAGUUUUAAUUCAGAAAUGACUCGUAAAUCCAGAGCAACUUGAACUUGGGUCAUGGAUAAGCUAGAUCUUAACUUCCUUGUGUAGCUUCCUUUCCCCCCUGCAUUUUCCCUAUUACUUUUAUUGAAGGAGAGUAUACAUUUUCCUGAUUUUUUUUUAAAAGGGAACACUUAUCUUGUCCUUAGUUGCCCAGGAAACUACAGUUCAGCAGUGAUAUUGCCUAGACUUUUCCAGAAUAAGUACUGAGUUGCCUCAAGCAAUUUGUAAUUGGUAACCGUUGGAAAAAAACAAACCCAAACAAAAACAA